CACCAUGAUUCUGGGCUUUGCCUAUACCUGUGCUGGGUGCAGAGCUGGGUGUUGGGGGUGCCCCGUGAGGAAGAUUUCACUCCCUGCUCUCAGGGAACUUAUCCUGGAGGUACAGUGAGUCACUUUGGGUCACAGCUAAAGGGAUCUUGGAGGAGGCAUAUCAAGACUUACUUUCAUUUUAAAGAUGAGAACUCCAGCCCCCAAUGUUGCACAUUUGUGUGAUUAUCUGAGUGUUUUCCAAUUAAAAUGGUGCCUGACCCAUAGAAGGCUUUGUCUGAUCUCUGUAGUUCCUGCUACUGUAGCCUCCCUUACAUGCUGCUUGUUCUUGUCACUCUCUCCCAGCGUGGCAGGCAGUCAAGUGUCCAAAGCAGAUGUGGGGAGGAUAUAAGAAGGCCACCAGCGACUCCCACCAGAAUCCAAAUGUUCAAGAGGCUGGCCACUAUCUAGAGGGCACAGUCCAGUACUGAAACAAUAGGGGAUGGAUGCUAUUUUGAGAGAGAUGCUGAUUUAUUUCCCCCUUUGAAUGAAAUGUCAGAACUUGUCGUACUCCUAGGCUGAGUCACCACCAGAAAAGGAAGCCCAGGCCUUCUCUUCCACACCAGCUUGAGUGAGCCAUUCCCCGGAAAGACAGACAGACACGGCCAGACUUCCCGAAAUUCACAGCAUGCUCAUGCUUCCAAGCACCCUCUGUGUACCUCCAACUUCUGGCACUUCUCUAAGCAAGGCUACUUUCCCCUUUUAAUGUGGGUAAUGUCUCUGUCUAUUGCCAUUUUCAAAAUAGUCUGUGAUCAUUGCCCAGCCUCACUCCAGCAGGACUUGAUUUCUAUGUGCGGCUACAAUCACAAUGGCAAUUCUGCAUGACUCCAUGACUGAGGUUGAGAUGUCUUGAUGGGGGACAACUGUGAUGUCAGCCUGGUCCCCAGGGGACAGGACACCAGGAACUCUCCAGACAAUGGCAGCUGCCUCUUCUUCUCCCCAGCCCCCAGCCUAGGACUUUGAUCCUUCCUUUUCUAUGUUCGCUAGAUGACAGUCUCCACAGAAAGAAAAUGCCAGCCCUUCAUCCUCUGUGGGGGAAUUAGAUUGCCUUACAACAGGUUUCCAUGUUCUUCCGAUCAGAACCCAAGUGGGAGGUAGUGGAACCAUUGAAAGACAUAGGUUGGAGGAUAAGAAAGAAAUAUUUCUUGAUGAAGAUUAAAAAUCAGCCAAAGGAACGGCUAGUGUUAAGCUGGGCUGACCUUGGCCCUGACAAGUAUCUAUCAGAUAAAGAUUUUCAGUGUCUAAUCAAACUUCUGCCUUCCUGUUUGCAUCCUUAUAUCUAUCGGGUUACCUUUGCCACAGCUAAUGAAUCCUCAGCAUUGCUAAUUAGGAUGUUUAAUGAAAAAGGAACUCUGAAGGACCUGAUCUACAAGUCAAAACCAAAAGACCCAUUCCUGAAAAAGUACUGCAAUCCCAAGAAGAUUCAAGGCCUUGAACUCCAACAAAUUAAAACAUACGGGCGACAAAUAUUAGAGGUACUGAAGUUUCUACAUGACAAGGGAUUUCCUUAUGGGCAUCUUCAUGCCUCCAACGUGAUGCUAGAUGGAGACACUUGUCGGCUGCUAGAUCUUGAGAAUUCCUUAUUGGGCCUGCCUUCCUUCUACCGAUCUUAUUUCUUACAAUUCAGGAAAAUCAAUACAUUGGAGAGUGUGGACGUGCACUGCUUUGGCCACUUACUGUAUGAAAUGACUUAUGGACGACCACCAGACUCAGUGCCUGUAGACUCCUUUCCUCCUUCGCCAUCUAUGGCUGUGGUGGCCGUGUUGGAGUCUACGCUGUCUUGUGAAGCCUGUAAAAAUGGCAUGCCUACCGUCUCCCGCCUCUUACAGAUGCCAUUGUUCAGUGAUGUUUUACUAACCACUUCUGAAAAGCCACAGUUUAAGAUCCCCACAAAGUUAAAAGAGGCAUUGAGAAUUGCCAAAGAAUGUAUAGAAAAAAGACUAGUUGAAGAACAGAAACAGAUUCACCAGCAUCGAAGACUAACAAGAGCUCAGUCUCAUCAUGGAUCUGAAGAAGAAAGAAAAAAGAGAAAGAUUUUAGCUCGAAAGAAGUCAAAACGAUCUGCUGUUGAAAACAGUGAAGAACAUUCAGCAAAAUACAGCAACUCCAAUAAUUCAGCAGGAUCUGGGGCCAGCUCACCUCUCACAUCCCCUUCAUCACCAACCCCACCUUCUACAGCAGGGAUAUCUGCAUUACCUCCACUUGCUCCACCUCCGCCUCCACCUCCACCACCAGCAGCUCCCUUGCCUCCUGCCAGCACAGAGGCGCCCACACAGCUCCUGCCCCAGGCUGUGAAUGGCAUGAGCAGAGGGGCCUUACUCAGCUCCAUCCAGAAUUUCCAAAAGGGAACUCUGAGGAAAGCUGAAACCUGUGAUCACAGUGCCCCCAAGAUCAGCUAAAAGCUUUGUGUAUACACUUGGGGGGAGAAGUUCUAUUCUUCCCCUCCCCAGGUACCCUCUUCCUGGAUGAACUGCUGAGCCAGUACAGCCACAUUUUGCAGAGGCUUACCUAUGAGGCUUUUCAAGAGGGAAAUUUUCUUCAAGUAGAAUAAAGACAGGCUGGC